CCACCACUCAGUCAAGCGCCUAUUUCAACCUAGAGAGAGAAUAGUUCACAAGAAAAUAGUUUUGGGAUCUCGACAUACUUUUUAGUUUCAUUAAGGAUAAUAUGUGGCAAGUGGCAGGACAUUUGAUACCGAGGAACAAAAAUCAUUGAAUAAAAAGAAACUUCUUCACUUGACGUCCGCGUGUAACCAUCGGACCUCUGCGUCUCAAACUCUGCGUCGAGAACUGUGAAUUACUGAGUACACUGUAGCCUACUUUGGCGAGACUCGAUGAGCAUAAUUCAAUUGAAGGAGCUCAUUCAGUCACCGAGGGUAAAACAAGAUUGAGAAAAUUCUGCUGUGAAGUUGAAGCGCAAACAAGCAACACUCGAAUCGUCAGCUUCCGUGAAUAUUGCAAAAACGACUGGAUUUUAUAGUUUGCCUUAGACCUUUAUUUUCUAAUAUGCGGCCAAAAUUGUAGUGUGGAGGGGCGUCGCAUCAAGUGCUGGAUAGUGCAGAAUAGAAAGUGAGCCAUAGCAUAGGCAACCAGAACAGAGCACAGUGAGAAAGAGGUUAGAUCGGAGUUUGCGGUUUCUUGGUUUUGUUGUAGUCCGUGAGAAACAGAAACCAACUUGAUGUUUGUCAGGUAGCUACAUCCUGAGCAGAUGAUAUAACACGCAACCAUUAAACGUUAUCGUCUCUGCAAGGUACAACAUCUACUACACACACUGGACAGUCCAGGACUCAUCGUGAUAGAUUAACCGGGGGCUGCGUGCGCUCAGCUCCAUCAUCGCGUAAACCACUGGACUUCGCCGAGACCAAAGGAGCAAGUGUCAGAGAACGAGAAAAUACACAUAUUCAAAAAAAGAGCCCCGAACACUCGUCAAAACCCCUAGAGAAGUGGCCGUGACCCAAGCUGUUGUGAUGCAUAUUCCCGUAGACCCCACCACCACCAGACGGUUCACACCGCCCUCCACGUCGUUCCCCUGCAGCAAGAUUGGAGACGGCAGCGGGACCAUGGGCACCCCUGGACCGCUGAGGACACGACCCGAGGCCAGGAAUGUGGUGGACGUCCUGUCAGACCACGCUGGCGAACUGGUCCGUACGGACAGCCCAAACUUCCUCUGCUCCGUGCUGCCCUCACACUGGAGGUGCAACAAGACACUCCCUGUGGCUUUCAAGGUUGUCGCACUCGGUGAUGUGCCCGACGGGACUUUGGUCACAGUGAUGGCGGGGAACGACGAGAACUACUCAGCGGAGCUUAGGAACGCGUCUGCGGUGAUGAAGAACCAGGUCGCCCGCUUCAACGACCUGCGGUUCGUGGGCAGGAGCGGACGAGGAAAGAGCUUCACUCUGACCAUCACAGUCUUCACCGGUCCUCCUCAGGUGGCCACCUACCACCGUGCCAUUAAAGUGACUGUGGAUGGGCCCAGGGAACCCAGACGACACAGGGUGAAGAUGGAGGACCCCCAGAAGAUGCAGUUCUCUGAUAGGCUGACAGAGAUUGAGCGCUACCAGCGGGCCAGCCUGAGGAUGGGGCCUGGUAACCCCCAGCCCCGGCCCAUGCACCAGAGCCACCUGGGGCCGUCUACCCAGUCCCAGAUACAAGCCCUGUGGUCUGACCAGAUUGACCCACCAACUCUGAAGACAUGCAAGGUGGAGGACGACCUCAGAUGGUCAAGUCCCACCGCUGACCUCUUCCCCCAGAGGACCACCUUCCCUUCUCUGUCCCCGCUGACCGACCCCCGUUUCUCAGACCCACGUAUGCACUACCCAGGGGCCUUCACCUACUCAGCCAACCCCUCCAGCACGGGCAUCGGAGGCCUCAGUGUGACGGGCAUGUCCGCCUCCUCCCGCUACCACACCUACCUGCCCCCACCCUACCCUGGAAACCAGAACCAGGGCAGCCACUUCCAGUCCAACUCCUCCCCCUACCACCUGUACUAUGGCACCGGGUCCGGCUCCUACCAGUUCUCCAUGGUGGGCCCGGCCGGGACCGGGGGUGAGCGUUCCCCCACCCGCCUGCUGCCUUGCUCUGGAAUCUCAGCCUCUGGAGGGGGCAACAGCCUGAUGAACCAGGGCCUGAACAACCAGGGCGAGGGGGUGGAGGCAGACGGCAGCCACAGCAACUCCCCUACGGCCAUGAGCGGCUCUGGACGCAUGGACGAGUCUGUCUGGAGGCCUUAUUGACUGUCAGACAGCUAGAGGAAAUGCAGGAGAGAAAGAGCAAAAGUAAAGAAGAUGAACGAACAAAAAAAGAUGAAUCCUCCCCCCAAAAUAAAUGCUGCAUGUUUGUAUUUUAUUUCUCGCGCACUCGCUUCGUACCCUUUUCCUAGUUGACCAAAGACAUUCACUAUCUGUCAGGAUGCCAUGGCCAGAGAUUGCCUUUAUGCAAGCCAUGGGUAUAUCCUGCACUGUGACAGGGACUACUCUCUGAGGCUCUGAAACCAUACAAAUCUCAUGCUUUUCAAUUGAUGAGUAAGAAAUUGCAAAAUAACUGUAAAUAGAUGUUAUGGUGUUACAACAAAAAGCCAUAGUAAUAUAUCAGGAUCUUUUGAAAAACAGGUACAUGCAUACUAAAGACUAUGAAUGGCAAAACCUUCAUAGCCAUUCACUCUAUGCAGCUAAUGAACUGAAAAAAUGCUAGUGCUAUUGUGGUUAACUAACCAACACGACCAAAAUGAUCAUUUCCCCACAGAUGACAGUACCUUUCUUGACAUUACAAGCUAAGCAUCCAGACCAGUGACUGUACUGCCUCAGCGGCCUUUCACUGUCAGGUGAUAACAGAGAUCAAAUAUGAUGUUUGCUUCACGAGUGUCUCAGAACCUGCCCUAGAUGGCUUGUGGCUGUAUUGCUAAUGUAACAUAACAGUUGAUGCUGAAGCUUUUAUUUGGUGUGAGGUUUGGAGAUUCACCCUUCAGUCCAUGAAACAUCCUUAAAAACAAUACAUGGUCUCAAAGUAAUUCUGCAUUGCUUGACAAUUUAAUGUACUAUUUGUACUGAUGUCUGAGUGAAGCUCCCCUGUAAAGUUGUUAAUGUAUUGAUAAUCUAUGCAGUAGAAUAGCUGAUAUUUUGAAGACUGUACAGGACAUUAGCAGAUUUUUUUUUUUAAAGCAGGAUUUUUAUGGAUUCCUUUUGUUUUAGUUUGUUGGACUGUUUUCUUUAUUUUUACUUAUGAUAUAUACACUGAGUGUACAAAACAUUAAGAACACCUGCUCCUUCCAUGACAGACUGACCCGCUGAAUCCAGGUG